AAUAAUAUGAUUGUUUAGUAGAGGCAGCCAAGUAUAUAAAGGGAUGAGAAGCAUACAUAAUCAAUCACACAGAUAUAUCCUCUUACAUUCACACAAUCAUCAAUAAACUUUCAUUCACUACAAUGCCUUCUACAACUUUCACUGUUCGUCCAAAUGCUGGGUUUAGCCUAGCAGAUCUACCCAACUUACAACCAGGAGACAACCUACACAUCAAAGGCCUUCAGAAUUUGAGAAAUGGAGGGGAUGUUAGAGAACCUAACUUAAGUAGUAUGCGAUUAAAUCGCUUACACUUGACCUGGGCUCGCAAUACCAAUUCUGCUGAGGAAGUUCUCGAAGCCCUUAGGCCUCAUGAAGGUCUCAAGGGUUUCGGGUUGAGCCGUUACGGCGGAAUGAAUAUUCCAAACUGGAUGACAGAUAUUUCUAUUUUGGGACGUUUGGUUGAUGUUAAACUCAUGAAUUGCAUAAACUGUAGUCAACUUCCUCCACUUGGUAAAUUACCUUUGUUAACCACUCUUUAUUUAUCUCAAAUGACAAAUGUGAAGUACAUUGAUGAUUCACCUUAUGAAAUUUCAACCGAAAACGCUUUUCCGUCAUUAACGGAAAUGACACUAUAUGAUUUACCUAAUUUAAAGAGUGUGCUGAGAAUCGAAGGAGUAGAGAUGCUCUCACAACUUUCUAAGUUAAGCAUUCAGAGUAUCCCUAUAUUUGAACUUCCAAGCCUUCCCUCUGUUAAGGAAGUUUAUGUUGGAGGAGAAACUGAAGAGUUUAAUGAUCAUGGUGCAUCUUUCCUGAGAGAUAUUGCAGGUAAGAUGCCUAACCUCACAGAACUUAUGAUUGAAGGCUUUCAUCAAAUCACGGUACUACCUAAUGAACUCAGAUCUCUCAGUUCCCUACAGAAACUCUACAUUUCAUGUUGUGGUAAUCUUGAGUCCAUUCCUAACAUGUCUUCGAGUUCUCUUCAAGUUUUGGGCUUUGCACUUUGCAAUAGCUUAAAAUCCUUGCCCCAAAGUACGACAGCCCUAACUAGUCUUCAGAGACUUCAAAUACAUUAUUGUCCCAAACUCAUUUUACCAGCUAAUAUGAACAUGUUAACUUCCCUUCGUAAAGUGACUAUCAUGGGUGCGGAUAAAAGGCGCAGGUUAUAUAACGGCUUAGAACACAUUCCCUCGCUGGAAAAUUUGUCUCUGACAGAUUUUCCUUUUCUUAGAUCUUUGCCAGACUGGUUGGGAAACACGCUAUCUCUUCAGAAAUUAGAAAUUAGUAAGUUUCCUGUGUUAACCUCACUACCAGACAACUUUGAGCAACUCGAAAACUUGCAGAAACUAAGUAUUGAUAGAUGUCCUGGGCUUGAGAACCGACUCGACUCAAGAACAGGUGAAGAUUGGUAUAAGAUAGCUCAUGUUCCUAAUUUUGAAUCAGAUUUUGUGCAUCGAAUUAACGAAGAAGAGUAUAGCGAUUCAGACAGUGAAUUGGACAUGGAGGUUGAUGAGCCAUGAGUGAUGAACAUGUAUAUGAUUCAAAUCAUUGCAAAAUAUUUUGGAUUUGAUUUAAAUCAUUGAUGGUUAAAUCCUAUCUCGUUUGUUUGGAGUUGUAGAGGAUUUUAUUGGAUUCCUGUUGUUGUUUUCAAUUUGGUUUGAUGGUUUGUGUGUUUUACACUUUUCUUAUUUGGUUUGUUGUUGACUGUUUUUUCAUUUUGUUUGGUUUGAUAUCCGUAUUAAGAGAUUGGGUUGUAUUUUGUGUGGAUCUCGGCACGCUUUGUGCUUAGAUUUUUCUAUAUAUAUACAUCUAUGAUAUGUUGUUUGGUUUCUUAAA